UAGUUUGGCUAAUUAUUAUAAUGCUAUAGCUGUAGCUCCCCAUAUGAGUUGAUCACUUACAAGCAUCAACUCUCUUUCUCUCUAUAUCAGAUAUCUCAUUUUUCUUUGCUCAAGCAGUAGGAUAUCAGAAGUUUUCUGAUUAUAAAACAUGGCAGAUUCUUCUUCUUCGUACAUGCAUAUGGUGCAGCACCUGAUAGAGAAGUGUCUGAUCUUCCACAUGACAAAAGAAGAAUGCAUGGAUGCCCUCUCUAAACAUGCAGAUAUUAAACCUAUCAUCACGUCAACAGUAUGGAAUGAAUUAGAGAAGGAAAACAAGGAAUUCUUUGAGGCAUAUGCACAAUCUCAUAACAACAGUGACAGAAUGUCCGAGGAAGAGACAAGCCAAAUGAUCCAAAAGAUGAUAUCGGAUUCCGGCAAAGGGGACCCUAAAAACUAAGCCUGCCAUGACAACGAUCUUACCUCUGAGUUCUGGUUCGUACUUCAAAACUCUCAUCAUCACAAUCAGACAAACUCACAUUGAGAUUUAUGUUUGAGGUCCCCACGAAUAAUUUUCUAUCACAUACGGAAAUGAGAAUGGAGUCCAUGGUCCCCAAGCUAUAGUAAUAUUCCCCCUAGUUGCUACAAAAAUAGUUCUGUGCUUCCUUGACCAAUCAUAUUGUGCCAUGUCAAUGUACAUUUACUUGAAGAUAUCAAUUGGAAAAUAGUCAUUGGAUGUUGCUUUAUCUACAAAGUUUAAUGCUUCAUUCUACAUAGGGAGAGGGGUUUUUUCCUUUGUUUUUUGUUUUCUCGCUUUUGUCUUAUUAGUGCAAGGGAAACCUCUUGCAUUGAACAAUAAAUGAAGCAAAUAUUCAUGUGGGGGACUACUUGGUCUAUUCUUGUUUCAAAUCGUGAACUUUUUUCUAGGUGAGUGAAGGCGAUAUUAUAUGGCUUUCUUUCAGUCACGGGUCCAUUAGUCAAUAGAUAGUAGAUAUACCCUGCCCCUUCUCUAGUUUGUUCCACUGGAUAACGUGAUACUUGCGGUGAAUAUACCUGCUGGAAAACAAUACUCUUGGGCUUUAUGUGGGACAAGCCCAUAUCUACAUCGAUACUCUUUAGAACCCCACACCACAAGAUUCUGCCAUAUGGCCCAUGUAGUUCUGUUUAUGAUUCUGAUAUAAUUGACUCAAUACUCCUA